CUCCAUCUUGAAGUCAUACACACCGCACCAUGUCCACCUACAAGAACUUCGCCGUUGCUGGUGUCGGGAACAUCGGCAGAUUUAUUGCUGAAGAAUUGCUCAACCAGAAAGCAGCUGGGAAAGCGAACGAAAUCGUCAUCUUGACGCGCAAGGGAUCAAACAACGCUGCAAUUGAAGCGCUCGCCACCCGCGGCGCCAAAAUUGCCGCAGUGGACUACGACUCUGUCUCCAAUCUCGCUCUCGCGCUGGCCAAUGUAGACGUUGUCGUCUCCGCGCUCGGCUACGCUGCAAUCUUCGCGCAACAGUUGAAUCUCGCAUCUGCGUCUAAACUAGCCAACGUCAGUCUCUUCGUCCCAUCACAGUACGGCCUCCCCGACCGCACUGGUAUCCCGAGCGAGGAUGCGCUAAGGGACAAGCUAGAGGGCGUCGCGCUGUCAUCGUUCUUCGUCGGUGUGUUUACCGAUAGUCUCUUCAAAUAUGCGACCUUUGCCGGUCUAAUUCUGGAGAAGGGAGAGGCUGUGGUCCCUGGAGAUGGGACGCCUUCCAUUUCGUUCACAGAUCGUCGCGACGUCGGACGAUACGUGGCGUACGUUCUUACGACGCUGCGUCCAUCAAACCUCGUAGACCGACAAUUUCGCAUUGAGGGUCAGCGCGCCUCUCUGAACGCAAUCAUUGACGAAUACCAGACGUUCACAGGAAAGACAGUGAAGGUGACGUACCUAGCGACAGAGGACCUGAAGGAAGCCCUGAAGAAGAAUCCAAACGAUGUCAUAAGCGCUAUUCGAUUGGCUUGGGCCACGGGCAAAGGUGUAGUGGGAGAAGAGAGCGAGCUGGCCAACUCUGAGUAUCUAGAGUGGAAGCCGAAAUCAGUGCUGGAGUCCGUUGUCGGGGCGCUUUGA